ACUGCCUCUAAUCCCCAAACUAGUUAUUAAAACCUCAAGAAUCCAUCUUGACAACUUCUACAAUGCAGUUACACAUUGCAAUACAAAAAUCCAUUCCAUAUUGAAGUUUGAUAGAGGAAGGACUAAACAAUUUAUAGAAAAUUAAUACAAGGGAUACAGUGCAUCUUAAACUGCUCUGUGAUAAGGAGGAAAGGACUGGGAGUGAGGGGUGUAAUGCACGUAAAGUGAAGUUUUUAUGUAUAAAAUUCAAGGGUCACUACUGCAUAGGAUACACAGCACCUUGAAUAUAAAAUUAUACCUUAUUGAGUCUAGGCUCUGGUCUACACUACGGGUUUAGGUCGACUUUAGCAGCGUUAAACCGAAUUAAGCCUGGACACGUCCACACAACGAAGCCCUUUCUUUCGACUUAAAGGGUCCUUUAAACCGGUUUCUUUCACCACCUCCGACGAGGGGAUUAGCGAUAAAACCGGCCUUUGCGGGUCGGAAUUGGGGUAAUGUGGAUGGAAUUCGACGUUAUUGGCCUCCGGGAGCUAUCCCACAGUGCUUCAUUGUGACCGCUCUGGACAGCACUCUCAACUCAGAUGCACUGAUCAGGUAGACAGGAAAAGACCCGCGAACGUUUGAAUUUCAUUUCCUGUUUGCUCAGCGUGGAGAGCACAGGUGACCACGCAGAGCUCAUCAGCACAGGUAACCGUGAUGGAGUCCCAGGAUCGCAAAAGAGCUCCAGCAUGGACAGAACGGGAGGUACGAGAUCUGCUCGCCAUAUGGGGAGAUGAAGCAGUGAUAGCUGAACUCCGUAGCAGUAAAAGAAAUGGAAAAGUAUUAAAAAAGAUCUCCAAGGCCAUGAAGGACCGAGGCCAUAACAGGGACACACAGCAGUGCCGCGUGAAAAUUAAGGAGCUACGGCAAGCUUACCACAAAGCCAGAGAAGCAAACGGAAGGUCCGGGGCAGAGCCGCAAACUUGCCGCUACUACGCGGAGCUGCAUGCGAUCCUAGGGGGUGCAGCCACCACUACCCCAACCGUGUGCUAUGACUCUCUCACUGGAGAAACACACAAGGAAGACGGUUCGGGGAACGAGGAAGAUGAGGAUGGAGGUACUGUAGGUAGCUCACAGCAGCAAGGAAGCGGAGAAACUGGUUUCCCCAACAGCCAGGAUAUGUUUGUGACCCUGGACCUGGAACCAGUAACCCCCGAACUCACCCAAGACCCUCAGGGCACACAGGAGACCUCUGCUGCAAAUGUUUCUCCUUCGCAGAGGCUAGUGAACAUUAGAAAGAGAAAACGUAGGACGAGGGACGAUAUGUUCACGGAGCUGCAGAUGUCCUCCCACGCUGAUAGAGCACAGCAGAAUGCGUGGAGGCAAUGUCGGAGAUGAGAAAAGCACAAUAUGAACGAGAGGAGAGGUGGCGGGCUGAAUGGCGGGAUGAAAAGAGCAAAUGGCGGGCUGAAGACGAUAGGUGGCGUCAGCUUGCAGACAGACGGCAAGAGGCAAUGCUCCGUCUGCUGGAGCAUCAAACUGAUAUGCUCGAGCGUAUGGUUGAGCUGCAGGAAAGGCAGCAGGAGCAGAGACCGCCGCUACAGCCCCUGUGUAACCAACAGCCCUCUUCCCCAAGUUCCAUAGCCUCCUCACCCAGACGCCCAAGAACACGGUGGGGGGGCCUCCGGCCACCCAGUCACUCCACCCCAGAUGAUCGCCCAAGCAUCAGAAGGCUGGCCUUCAAUAAGAGUUAAAGUUUUAAAAUGCAGUGUGUCCUUUUCCAUCCCUCCUCCCCCACCCAUCCCAGACUACCUUGGCAAUUAUCCCCCUACUUCUGUGAGGAACUAAUAAAGAAUGCAUGAA